AUGGGUGCUCAGACACGCAAAACAACAGCUGCUGCUGCUGCAACAAAGCAAAAGGCACAGCCAUACGUAAAGGAAAAAACGAAAAAAACAGCCCUUGACCCCAAAAUUCUUGAUGGUCUAAAAACCCAUCUCGCCUCGUUGCCAUGUGCUACGUGCCACACGACAGGUACACUCGUGUAUGCCAAGGAUACUAACACUGAAUUUGACCCCCCUGCUCCCAUGUUUGAAUGUACUAAAUGCAAUAGCCAUAUGUAUCAUGGCAAAUUGGUACCUGCCUUGAUGCUAUUAAAGAAGCAAGCAACCAACAACAGCAACCAAAAUACAACAGCAAUGAUAGAUGUGACACCAACACCCACCACCAAUAUCGAACCCAACACCGCUGUAACACCACCCAUCGAUUAUCAUACAUCGACAGAGACACCAGCAUGGAUCCUUGAUAUCAACAAACGCCUUGACGCCCAUGAUCAAUUGCUUAACGACUUUAAUGACUUCCGUGCAGAGAUGCAAAAGUUGGUUGAGCAAAACGUCGCAUUGCAAAAGCGUGUCAAAGAAUUGGAACGUGAAAACGCAAUGUUACGCAGCAAACAUGAUCCCGAUUAUGGAGGCACAGCCGCAUCUAAGCAUGCACCUACCCAACAGCCCACCAACACUCAACCACCAGCAGCCACUACAACACCAGCAUCACGCACGACACCACCACCCAAAAGCUCACCUAAGUCAACUUGGGCUGACAAAGCUCGAGUUGUUGCUAACCGUAAACCAACGCCAUCACGCAAAGCUAUUGCUGCUGUUGCUCGCCACUUUCAACCGACCACUGACAGCCAAGGGUAUAAAUUUGUAUAUAUCCCUCUACGCCAUUACAUGACCACCAGCAAGCUACGCCACUAUUUGCGUACUCUACGUAUUGAAAAUGCACGUGUUCUUGAUAUCCAUUUUCCACAAAGACUCCUUGCAGCAUUACUUGUACACAACGAUUAUGCAGAUGACCUUGAACAAGCCCUCACCAAAAAGGGCAUCCCCACCAAAAACUAUAAUCCACUCGACACCGCUAACUUGGUUGAUCCUAAAUGGCGUGAAGAUCAUGUCACUGAAGAGGAUAGAAAGGAACAAUGUCGUCUCCUUCGUCAACAAAAACUAACCAAAGCACUAACCUUCAUCCGUGAACCUGUCAAAUUCUCUGUAGCUCGCUACUUUUUUACUAAAAACAUGAUUAGCAAAGCCGACUACGAGAAGUUCAGCCCACCACCCCGCCCAAAGACACAAGCACAACAAGAAAAGGCUGCUCUUCAUGCACUUGGGGCAGCUGUUUCGACACCCGAAAACAAUGCCAACAAUGACAACGACCACGACAACAACGCCAUGGAUGAGGAUACCACACCUCCUUCAGAAUCUACUUCACCAGCAACCAACACCAACAUCGAUAAUCAAUGA